AGCUCUCUUUCUUAUAUAGCCUCGUUCCUCCUCUUUCUUCUCACUGCUGCUCCUCUCUCGGUUGGUCAUCGGCAGCUGAGGGGAAAAGGAGGAGGAAGACAUCGAUGGGACAGCAGUUUGCGGAGACGACGUUGACCAAAGUGUUCGUGGGCGGACUGGCGUGGGAGACGCAGAAGGAUGCCCUUCGCGAGCACUUUGAGAAGUACGGCGAGAUCCUCGAGGCCGUCAUCAUCUCCGACAAGGUCACCGGCCGAUCCAAGGGCUACGGCUUCGUGACGUUCAAGCAAGCGGACGCGGCCAAGAAGGCGUGCGUGGACGCGACGCCCGUGAUCAGCGGCCGCCGCGCCAACUGCAACCUCGCUUCUCUCGGCGCCAAGCGCGGCGGCCUCCGCCCCUCUCCCCCCUCCACCACGGCGCCGCUCCCUUCCGGGGCCCACCACCAGCCACCUGGGAUGGCGGUGGGAUCGAGGUCCGUGUCGUCGGGGUCACCGGCAGCACAGUGGUACUACCGCCACCCCUCGGGAACUCCGCCGCUGCCAUCGCCGUUCCAUGUCCACCACGGCCUCCUCCCCUUGUACGCCACCACCGCCGCCUACGGGUACUCCCCAAACUACAUGACAGACUUGGGCUACGAUGCGAAGCUGAGCCAAGGACACUUCCAGGGACAGCUCUCUUCUUAUCCAGCACAAGGAGGAAUGGCUGCUCCCAAUGGGGGGUUUCUGCCAAUGUACCACCCCUUCUACCACCAUCAAUCUCCGGGCAUGGGAGUACCUGCCCACUUCUUCCCUCCCGCCAGCGCCGCCACUGCUGCGGUGGCCACCAUUCCCACCAUCAUCUCCGAGCCUGCUGCCAUCCCUCCUCCCAGUGCAGUCUGCUGUGUGGCAGUGGGACAAGUCAAAGGAGGGAGCUAAGAGGUCCAGGAAGAGAGAGGCCCUGAGACAGCCUGCACAUCUGAUGAAGGGGUUCUUUCAUUAUUACCAUUAGGUCUUGGGAUUCUUUGAUUCCCCUAACCUGCAUCCAAAGAUGCACAAUCUGUAACAAAGGCAUUUUUCGUUUACCAGCUUAUUUUGUGGUGAACUUUUGAUGGUUGUAGUCAAAUCAAAGUGGUGCAUGCAACUUUCAUGUCCCCAAUAACAUCAUAAGCAUCUAUCUAGUGA